UGGAGAGUGUGGCACGGGAAGCGACCAUCCGACAGAACGAGUUGUCACAGCUCAUUUCGGAAUUGGGAAGGUUCCAAGAAACAAUAUAUUCACAACAUCUGAGUUUUGAUCUUACUCCAGAAACUGCGUCCAAUGCACACAAUGAUGUUCAGACUGAACGUGCUUGCCAGUCUGUUGAUCGAGUUCUCCUCAAAGGCCUCCACCUUGCAAUCGUGGAUGACUCAUCAAACUCGGGCUAUAGGCUUGAUUCGUGAAAGAUCUGCCGAACCACUCAAUCUCAGUGAGGCCCGUCAAGAUGCGAGACGUCUACUCGAUGAGAUCACCCAGGAGGAGAGCCAACUCAGAUCUCUCGGUUCUCUGCUAGCGAAGAUUGAACAGGAGGUCGACGGCCUCUAUGACUCUGCGCCUGUAACAAUCACACGUGGGAUCCACUCCACUGAAAUCCGCAACACCUUCCACAGAGUUGAUGAUGAUUUUUCGGCAUUGAAGAGGCACUGUUCCGAUUUGAUCCAGUUCCAGAACAAAAUUGCAGGGCUCGGCAGUGAGCACGCAGAAAAUUUGCGGAGGAUGGAGGACUGGUUCUCGAAAAUUGAAGGGGACCUCGACCAAGUCGAGCGCAGAUCCGACCGUGAUGUCGAACAAAAGCUCGUGAUUUUAGAAGGACUCAAUCAAGAGGCUGUUGAUGGUAACAUGUACAUUGAUUACGCUGAUCAAACUUCUCGACGUCUUCUGAACGCAUUAGAUGGUUUGAGUGCCCAUCCAGACGCAUCCAGUAAACAUGAGUUGGAAUCCGAAGAACGACGGAAACGGCAUUCACGUCUGCUAGAUCGCAUGCAGCAGGCAUUCAAUAAAGCAACCGCUGAAAAAGCUGCCAACGAAGGUGUCCGAGACGCAGUUUUAGAAUUAUGUUCGUGGAUAGAAAAUUAUGAAAGUCGUUCAUGUACGGAUCGCGACAUUCCUCUAAUUGAGGAGGAUCUGAACCAACUGGUAAGUUCUGUUCUUUUGUAG